UGGAGUUAACCAACCUAGCUAUCAGGAGUCGCCGUAGCCUGCUGCCGGCCAUGGGAGACCACCACUACUCCUCUUCGGUUCCCCUGGCCGCCGCCGCCGCCGGCCUCGCGCUGCUGGCGCUCUGCUCGUACUACCUGCUGGUCGGCCGCCGCGGGGGCGGCAAGCCGGAGAAGCGGUACCCGCCCGUGGUGGGCACGGUGUUCCACCAGCUGUACCACGUCCGGCGGCUGCACGACUACCACACGGACCUGUUCCGGAAGCGCAAGACCUUCCAGCUGCUGACGCCGGCCGGCCGGCGGCAGAUCUACACGUGCGACCCGGCCGUCGUGGAGCACAUCCUCCGGACCAACUUCGCCAACUACGGCAAGGGCGCGUUCAACUACGAGAACAUGACCGACCUGCUCGGCGACGGCAUCUUCGCCGUGGAUGGCGACAAGUGGCGGCAGCAGCGGAAGAUGGCCAGCUACGACUUCUCCACGCGGGCGCUCCGCGACUUCAGCGGCGCCGUCUUCAAGCGGAACGCCGCCAGGCUCGCCGCCGUUGUCUCCGGCGCCGCGGCGUCCGGGCGGCCCGUGGAGUUCCAGGGCCUCGCGCUCCGGGCGACCAUGGACUCCAUCUUCACCAUCGCCUUCGGCCUGGACCUCGACACGCUGGGCGGCUCCGGCGAGGGCACCCGCUUCGCCGCGGCGUUCGACGACGCCAGCGAGUUCACGCUGCUCCGCUACGUCAACGCCUUCUGGAAGGCGAUGAGGUUCCUCAACGUCGGCUCCGAGGCGGCGCUCCGGGGCCGGGUCAGGGUCGUCGACGAGUUCGUGUACAAGCGCAUCCGCGACAGGGCGCAGGAGCUCUCUGACGGCAAGGCACAGGACCCUGAUUCGAGGCAAGACAUGCUGUCCAGGUUCAUCCAAGCGGCGACGAACGAGUCCGGGACGGUGGACUACAAGUACCUGAGGGACAUCAUCCUGAACAUAGUCAUCGCCGGCAAGGACACGACGGCGGGAGCGCUCGCGUGGUUCCUCUACAUGGCGUGCAAGCACCCGGAGGUCCAGGAGAAGAUCCGCGAGGAGGCCACUAGGGCCACCGGCGCCAGCGAGACGGCGACCGCGGAGGAGUUCGCGCAGAGCCUGACCGACGAGGCCCUGAACAAGAUGCACUACCUGCACGCCGCCCUGACGGAGACGCUCAGGCUGUACCCAUCGGUUCCCCUGGAUAACAAGCAGUGCUUCGGCGACGACGUCCUGCCCGACGGCUCCAGCGUCAGCAAGGGGGACAUCGUGUUCUACGUCCCGUACGCCAUGGGCCGGAUGGAGUACCUGUGGGGCGCCGACGCGGAGGCCUUCCGUCCCGAGCGGUGGCUCGACGGGGACGGCGGCGAGUUCCGGGCGCAGAGCCCGUUCAAGUUCACGGCGUUCCAGGCCGGGCCGAGGAUAUGCCUGGGCAAGGAGUUCGCGUACAGGCAGAUGAAGAUCUUCGCGGCCGUGCUCCUCCGGUCCUUCGCGUUCCGCCUCCGCGACGGCGAGGGGGCGACCGUCGGCUACCGCACCAUGAUCACGCUCCACAUCGAGGGGGGCCUCCACCUGACGGCGACGGCGAGGUGAGCCCGGCCCGGGCGCGUCGCGGCAGGCAGCUGGCUGGCGCCCCUGCCGCUUGCUCCGCGCGUCCGGUUGGGAGUAGUAUGGUAACACGGCAUGGGAAUAAAGUUGCGCGCGCGGGCUCGCAAUCACUGUCGCCGCGGUGGUGGCGUGGUACAGGCCGGUGUUCCGCGCCAUGCGCCCGUGUCUGAAAAAAUCGGACACUUUUGUCUCACCUGAAUCCGGAUCCUCCCAGUUGCUCGUCGUCGUCCCUUCAUCAGAGCACGUUUCGGGCGCUGGUGUUUCAGCAUGGCGAGACGCGAGACGCGAGACGCGCGCACACUGCCGGCGGAGUCGUAUUGUGCAAGAGUCAAACGAGCUACACUGCUGCAGGCGGCGGGUGCGCGCGUGAAUCUCGACCGGUCCACACGGCACGGAGUCGCACAGGACAGUUUACUCGUGUCGAGACGGUGACGGUCCUCGUCGCCCGACUGACAAUUGGCACCGCUUGAGACGUGCGUGCACACUGAGACCGAGACCAGUAUCAGUACGAGUGCAAGUGUCGUCGCACACCUAACAAAACUGAAAUUUUAGUAAUUGUACUGAAGAAAUAUCACUCCUCUUUUAUU